UCGCCGCCGCCGCCCCCUCCCAUCCUGUUCUCUUUCUGGUCGGGUCGGGCCCGGCCGGUUCCACGAGCGCUCGGCAGAGACUGAGGGAGAGAGAGAGAAAGAGGAGGGGAGGAGGAGGAGGAAUCAGGGAGUAGGAGCUGGGGAGCCCUUCUGCGCCACAGAAAAUUUCCAAAGACUUGGUGAAGAUAGGAAAAUCAUCAGAAAAACUGUAGUACUAUUAUACUGUAGUCACUUUUGGUGACAUUAUCCAGUUCUCACAAUGUAUCAUUCCUUAUCUGAAACUAGACAUCCUCUGCAGCCAGAAGAACAAGAAGUGGGCAUUGACCCCUUGUCAAAUUACUCAAACAAGACUGGAGGAGAUUCAAAUAAAAAUGGAAGAAGAACAAGUUCUACUUUAGAUUCUGAUGGGACUUUUAAUUCCUAUAGGAAAGAAUGGGAAGAACUAUUUGUAAACAACAAUUACUUGGCAACAAUAAGGCAGAAGGGGAUUAAUGGGCAGCUGAGAAGCAGCAGGUUCCGCAGCAUUUGCUGGAAGCUUUUUCUUUGUGUUCUUCCUCAAGAUAAAAGCCAGUGGAUAAGUAGAAGUAAAGAAUUAAGAGCAUGGUAUAGCAACGUUAAAGAGAUACACAUCACAAACCCGAGGAAGGUUGUUGGGCAGCAGGACUUGAUGAUCAAUAAUCCCCUUUCACAGGAUGAAGGGAGUCUUUGGAACAAAUUCUUCCAAGAUAAAGAACUUCGAUCAAUGAUUGAACAAGAUGUCAAAAGAACGUUUCCUGAAAUGCAGUUUUUCCAACAAGAAAACGUGAGAAAAAUUCUUACAGAUGUUCUUUUCUGUUAUGCUAGAGAAAACGAGCAGUUGCUUUAUAAACAGGGCAUGCACGAGCUGUUAGCGCCUAUAAUCUUUACCCUCCACUGUGACCACCAAGCUUUUCUUCAUGCCAGUGAGUCUGCACAACCAAGUGAGGAAAUGAAAAUUCUCUUGAACCCUGAGUAUCUGGAACAUGAUGCCUAUGCAAUGUUCUCACAACUUAUGGAAACUGCUGAACCUUGGUUUUCUACUUUUGAGCAUGAUGGUCAAAAGGGGAAAGAAACACUGAUGACUCCCAUCCCCUUUGCUAGACCACAGGAUUUAGGGCCAACAGUUGCUAUUGUUACUAAAGUCAACCAGAUCCAGGAUCACCUACUGAAGAAGCAUGAUAUUGAGCUUUACAUGCACUUGAACAGACUAGAAAUUGCACCACAGAUAUAUGGGUUACGGUGGGUACGGCUGCUGUUUGGACGAGAGUUCCCCCUGCAGGAUCUUCUGGUUGUCUGGGAUGCCUUGUUUGCAGACGGCCUGAGCCUGAGUUUAGUCGAUUAUAUCUUCAUAGCCAUGUUACUCUACAUCCGAGAUGCUUUGAUCUCUAGUAACUACCAGACCUGUCUUGGCCUUCUGAUGCAUUACCCACUAAUUGGGGAUGUACACUCACUGAUUCUUAAGGCUCUGUUCCUUCGAGAUCCAAAGAGAAAUCCAAGACCAGUGACUUAUCAAUUCCAUCCAAAUUUAGAUUAUUACAAAGCACGGGGAGCAGACCUCAUGAAUAAAAGCCGGACCAAUGCCAAAGGCGCUCCCCUGAAUAUAAAUAAGGUCUCUAACAGCCUGAUUAAUUUUGGAAGAAAGUUGAUUUCUCCAGCAAUGGCCCCAGGCAGCACGGGUGGCCCUGUCCCUGGGGGCAGCAGUGGCAGCUCCUCCACUGCUGUUGUUCCCACCAGGACCUUAGCAGAGGCCCCCAGGCAUCAUUUGCAACAGCAGCAGCAACAGCAGCAGCAACAGCAACAGCAGCAGCAACAGCAACAGCAACAGCGGCUGAUGAAAUCGGAAAGCAUGCCAGUGCAAUUGAACAAAGGACAAAGUUCUAAAAACAUCAGUUCAUCUCCAAGCAUUGAGAGUUUGCCUGGAGGAAGGGAAUUCACUGGCUCCCCACCUUCGUCUGCUACUAAAAAGGAUUCCUUUUUUAGCAACAUCUCCCGUUCCCGCUCACACAGCAAAACUAUGGGCAGAAAAGAAUCUGAAGAAGAAUUAGAAGCCCAAAUUUCCUUCCUUCAAGGACAGUUGAAUGACCUGGAUGCCAUGUGCAAAUACUGUGCGAAGGUGAUGGACACUCAUCUUGUGAAUAUUCAAGAUGUGAUAUUACAAGAAAAUUUGGAAAAAGAAGAUCAAAUUCUGGUUUCCCUGGCAGGAUUAAAACAGAUCAAAGACAUUCUGAAAGGUUCCCUGCGUUUCAACCAGAGCCAGCUGGAGGCCGAGGAGAACGAGCAGAUCACCAUCUCAGAUGACCACUACUGCUCCAGUGGCCAGGGCCAAGGCCAGGGCCAGAGUGCUCAAAUGCCUGGGGCCACCAAGCAGGCCUCUUCAGAAGCGCUGGGGCGCACAGACAGAGGGAUCUCAGACGACUUCAUCCUGGUUUCCAAAGAAGACGAGGGGGGCAGCACCAGGGCGUCCUUCGCGGGCCAAGCCCAGCCUCUUCGCACCCUCAGAAGCACAUCUGGGAAAAGCGAGGCCCCGACCCGCUACCCUCUGGUGUUCUCCGACCCGCUGAUGGGCCCAGCCUCAGCUUCCUCCAGCAAUCCUAGCUCCAGCCCCGAUGACGACAGCAGCAACAACAGUAAGGACUCUGGCUUCACUAUUGUGAGCCCCCUGGACAUCUGACCACAGUGCCCCAGGUCUGCCUCAUGGGGACCCGGCCGCCCGCCUCAGCAGCCCCAGGGCCAGGCUGAGGCUCCCCCAGUGGAGGCCCCUCUGGAACCAACACUUCUUUCUCAGCACGCAUGUGGCAUUGGUACAGCCCACUGGAACCCUUGAGAGGGAAGCAAAUCAGGCCUCAAAGCACACAGACUGAUGUUCACCAAAAUGCAGGGGGCGCUUCAUGGGCCCAGCCCCACCCCACCUACCCUUGCCCAAGCUAGAGCUGGGUUAAGUACUGUGUCACACUCACUAUCAAGAAAGACCAAACCACGAGUAAAAUCACUCUUCCUCUGUGCUCUCCUCCCCAACUAGACAGGUGUGGCAACUCCAUCAGUUAUAUCUAGAAGAAGGAAGAAGAGUUGGUUUCAAAUCUUUCCUCCCUCAGAGCAUCAGGCAUAGGAAAAUUGAUAUCAAGAAAACUUUCUCUCUGGAAAUCUCUAUCUCAACCUAUUUCAUUCCUCCCUUGGGAAGCCAUACAGCAGAGCCAAAUGCAACAGAAUGGACUAGAACUAGUGGAUUCCAGUGCUGGAAAAAACCCAUUACUGACAUCUCAGAAAAUUACAAUGAUCUUUAGAGACAGAGUCUAAACUUAGGAAUCAUAUUUUGGUGUGCUGUGGUUUAGAUUUUUUCAUUUGUUGAAGAAUGCAGCCUCAGGCCAGAUCGACUCUGGUCCCUCCUUAAACAGUUGUAUUUCACAUUAUCUUUCACAGCCAGAAAACACAUCACUUUAAGCAAAUCUUUGCUGCACUGAUUUCAAAAGUUGUAAGAAUAUUAUUCCUUGAAUUGGAAAAUAUGACCCUGACUUUGUGGGAUGAACACCUUUCAGACAGUCAGUUUUUGGGGAAAGUUUCUGUAGUUUUGGGGCUGUAGUCACCUGUUAACUUAAGAGUAAAGGGAAAAACCCAAGCUCAUUCCCAUCCAGAGUCAGGAUAGCCCAUUGGCCUUAAGGUAGCAGUAAUAGGGAAUUAGACCUGGAGUCCCUUCUGGGGGAGCAGGGCUUCCUAGAGAACAUUCCAGAUGCCAGGAGGAUGCAGGAUUCUGUGCAGCCCUUCCCUUGCUGGGAGCCAAGUGUCAGAGCUGCAGGCCUGGGCUCAGUUGUGCAUCCCAGGCUCCAGGACAGGACAGGCCCGGGUCUGAUGUUCGGUGCCUUCCUGGGUAUCAGCACAGAACAGAGAUUCCCCUUGUCAGUUGCAACUUAGGGAACCGUGAUGGGCACAAAGCGUCACAUGAGCUGUUUCUCUCCUUAAGGAGAAGGGCCAUGAAAAGGACACUUCUCUCCUUUGCCUGAGUAGGAAUUCUAACAGGAUGGACAUGGUGACCUCCGUCAAGGAGGAGCCGCCCUUGCCCUGGGCUGACUGCUUCUUUGGGCUUCUCUGAGGAUGGCAAGGCCAUCCUGGGCAGUGGGAGCUUUGUGGCAACAAGCAAAAAGCUAAGUAUGAAAGAAUAGACACCGUUGACAUCCCUCCCACUGCUGCUCAUGUGUUUCUCUAUAGACACGUGUGGUAAUGACAUGAUUUCCCACUUGCUCUCCACGGAGAUAGUGACGACUCGAGAGUCAGCUACUGCAGAGAGGGUUCGAGUUAGCUCUACAGUUUGUUCUUAAACUCGAGCAGGGAAAUCUCCUCCCGACACAUCGGCAUGUAAGGUGGAAACUCUGGUUUUGCUCAGAUAACAGGGUUGUUUGGCCUCCACGAUUACUCAGAGAUGCACUGAUUAGCUCUCUGGCUCUGACUCUGAGUGGUCGCUCAGCACCCUAUGGGUGUGACUCACUGAGUAAGUUGCUGCCGAGUACAUGUUCCCUUGACGACACUUCCUAAGCUCCCAACGUCCCCAUAUAGUGAGUGGCCUUGCAACUGCACAGUGGUUGCCAUUACUUUCUCUCCAAGUACCUGGCCUGGCAAGGUGCUGAUGGUUUCUGUUCUAAGGUAAGAAGUAUGGCCCUGUCUUUGCGGGGGUUCUAGGACAGAGACUGGAAAGGCCCGCGAGCUGGCUGUCCCCUGGCUGUUGGGCCACAGUCGUCUGCUCACUUUCAGCAUCUCUUUGGCCCUGAGAGCUAGAGUCAUGAUAGCCGAGUGUCACUGGCCACACAAUAGCCCAGACACCCACCACACCGACAAGGCGCCAGGCUAGUUCCCUCAGUUGGCUGGGCGUUGAACAGUGGCUGAAAACUCCCAGCCCUGCCCGCACGCUCGCGUGGGUCCUGCAUCCUGUGCUUCCGUGUUGGUGCCACGUGAGAACCAGUGAGGUCACUCAGGGGUUGCUUCUUUGGCCCCCGACAAGCUGUUCCCUCCUCAGAGAAGAGAAACACACGAGGGGGGAGUGGGGUACAGGCAGUGCCACCCUCAAAUUCCCAAAGGUUCAUGAGUGAGAAUUGUUACUGUCUUAUCUUUUUUAAGUGACUUGUUUUUAUUCUUCAUAGUUGAACGUUGUUUGCAUUUUUAUUAGUUACAGUGCUAUCCAAGAAUAUAUGUUCCUUCCUUUUUUAUCAUCAGGUACUUAUGUUUAAUUACACAUUUUUUAAAUCCUGAAUAUAUGAAACCUUUUUUUCUUUAACAAAUGUGGUAAUCAGUGGAACCCUCUCAUGUUUUGAUUAUUAGCAGUUAAAUAUAUUUUAUAUACAUAAAUCUUAGAUUAAUUCUCAUUGUCACCUACUUUUUUAUACAUGUCCCUGUGUUUCAUUCAUUCCUCUCUGAUCGGUUUGGAAAUUUGAGUUAAAAUUUAUCUCUGUACCUUAUAUAUGAGAGUUACAGGUUAGAGAAACAAAGUCAUUAUGACUUUGCCUUAUCUUGUGUGUAUGCCAAGGGGUCAUAUAACACUUUAAACGUUUAAUUAUGCUGGAUUACUCUUCCAAAGAUGACCUCCUGCUCAUGCUCACUGCUAACUGCAGUCUGGUAAGAAAUCAUAUCCCCGCAGAAUGAAUGUGGCUACACAUAAGCCACGGCCCCCCUGCGAUUGGCCUUCUCCGCUUGUGACUGAGCUGAAUCUCGGCGUGGGUCUUUCGGGGUUUGAUUGCCCGCCACUAACAAGAAUGCUCCUCCGCUGCAUCAGAGACCACGAACAAAUACAAAACUGUCUUCUAAUAAUAACCUGCCAGAGUUGACCCAAAUUUAGCGGUCUUAUUUUAUUUUAUUGUUUCUUUAAGAAGCUGCCCCCAGGGGUCAUUGCAGAACCAGAGUGUGUGGAGGACUUAUGUCCCUGCGCUCUGAGUGGCCGUCCUGUGGAGCCCCUGGCCAUCCGUCGCUCCCACCCCGCAGAUGCACACCUGGCCUCCGCUCCCCGUGUGUCCAGAGCCGGGGCAUGGGGAGGCGGCGGCGGGGAGAGGAGACCAGGAUGAACUGCCGGCGGCAGCCAGCCGGCAGGGCUUCCUUCCCACGGGCCCGAACCGCUUCCUCAGUGUUACUUUCAAAAGCUCUCUUUUUAUAGUGUUGAAAAGAAAUAUAAAGUUCCUGUAAACAGGCUUGAGACCACUUUGAUGUAAAAGUUGUCAUCAUAAUUUUCUCACAAUGGCACAGUUCAGUUGAUUCACGGGAUACUCAGUUCUGCCAUUUAUCUCCUGUCGCUUUUUUCUCAUUCAUCUUUAUGCUGUAACUCACAUUGAUUUAAGAAAUGACUUAUCCUUUUGACAAAGUGAUCACAUUCAAUAUGGUUAAAAUAAAAAACUAAUGUCAAAC